AUGGCGGAGCUUCCAUCCAAGGUGCACCUCAACUCGCACCCCAUCUGCCUGAGGAUCCGUAGGCCCUCGGUGUACGAGGACCAGAAUGAUCGCAUGUGGCUGCAUGUCGUCAUGGACACAGGAGGUGACCAGCAAGUAUGGUUGUGCCAGGUAAACAUGAUCAGAGAGCAUAACGCACUCACCUUCUGCCCGCUGAACUCGAGCACCAUGCCUAUGAUGUGGAUGCUCCACCCUGGCAGCCAGUACCUGGACUCCAUGGGCCAGUUCUGGCGCAUCGUGCACCACGUCAAGGAGGAUGACAUGGAGGAAAUGAUACUUGAGAUGAUGGACGACUCGUAG